AUGGCUACUUCACUCGCCGUCGAUAAACCCCAUCUGGCGCCCGCUGAUGCGGAUGCGAACGACCCUUUCGUCUCCCCGCCCGGUCCCGCCAACCAGCGAUACUCGGGCUACGACAGCCAGUUCUUUGCCCUCGGCUCCGGCGCAUCCCCAGAUCAGGCCAAGCGUGCCCUGCAAGCACACAUUGCCGAUACCGAACGUCGCCUAGAUGAAGCCGGAAAGCUGGGAACAGCUCUUGUUCAGCAGCGCAAGGAGUUGGCCGAGCGAUUAAAGGAGGUCGAAGACCUGCAAACCGAAGGAGAACUUACACCUGAUCUGCGCGCAAAGCUCGUCGAGAUCGAAAAGGAAUUCAAUGAUGUCGCCAGAGAGACUGCAAGGGCCUUCCUGCCCAAACAGAGAGUUCCCAGCAACGAAGCUGCGGGAGGCUCACCCUACGUCCCUGAUGGAAAGAUUGGAAGACGCUCCGUCAGCCCUUCCAAGUUUGAGAGUCAAGCCACCGGGUCGCCUUCGAAGCUGAGUGUGCCAAAUCGCAAAGUCCGCAAUCAGCCGUCCAGCCGCAUUCACGAUAUCGAAUUCGCUGCCGAAAUCAGCACUUCGCUGAUCGCCCAGGUUCGAAACCUUCAAGCUCUCCUUGCCGAGAAGGAUGAGGAGCUCCGCGAUAUCAAAGUCGAUAAGUCAAGAUUAGAACUCGAAACCGAGAGCUUCCAGCAGCGUGUUAAGGCCCUCGAUGAAAGCGAGAACAGGUACAAGGACGAAAACUGGAACUUGGAAACCCAAAUACACGAUUUGAUCGCCUCUCAGAAGGAUGCUGCGGAUCGUGAGAAGAGAUUGACGCAAAGUCUCAACGUGCUGCAAGCAGAGAAGAACUCGGCGCAAAAGGAGCUCGAUGAGGCCAAAGUGUCUCUGGCCAAGCUCGCCGAAGAGCAAGAACGGUUCGCUAGGCAUCUUGACUUGGACUUAACCACAGCCAAGAAGAAUGCCGCUGUCGCAGAGACCGAGAGGAACGCACUGCAGCGCAAGGUUGAUGAGUUGAUGAACCAGAACCAGGAGCUUGCCCGAGCUAUCUCAUCCCAGCGUGGUCGUACUUCUGACCGCGAUUUCGGCCGUGGCAUUAGUGAUGAAGACCUCGAGUCUGCCGCAGAUGGUUUCACGCCCGAGCACUCUCCACCUCCGUCUCCCAUCAAGGGAACCCCUCGCCAUGCUAUGCUGGAGUCAGAGACUCUCAAGAGCUCAUUGCUGCAUGCUCAGCGUACCAUCCAGAGUCAGAAGACCGUCAUCCACCGUGAAAAGACCGAGAAGCUCGAGCUUAAGCGACUGCUCCAAGAUACUCGCGACGAGCUGGAGAAGCUGCGCACCGACGCUGCUCCUGCGCCUGCUCGCCGUAACCGCAAGGUCGAGUCCAGAGAGUUCAAGAAGCCUUCCCGCGGCUUACUUGGAGGCCACCGACACAGCAGAAACGAGGUAUACACGGAGGACCCUGAAUGGGAAGAAGCCACAGAAAUUGGCAGCCCUAGAACCUCACCAACCGCCCACUCGACCUCGACCGUCCGCAGACCUGGUAGCAGCUACAGACCUCAAUUUACAGAUACCAGCGACCACUUUGAGACAGCCAACGAGACCAGUGAUGCUGCCUUUGAAACUGCGAAUGAGCGGGGAACCGAGACUGAAGACUUCCAGACAGGUGCCGAGGAUAUCUCUGGCUCCGACUCAGAGACAGAAACAGAGAUGAGCCCGUCUAAAGGCCGGGAGCUUCGUGCCCAGAACCUGGGGCUUGGCGGUGGCCGCAACUCUUACGACAGCACUGCUUCCACCUCAGCUGACGAGGACGACGAUUAUGUUGAGUACAUCCGCACCCCGACUUCGCAGCAUUCACACCAGCGUAUGCGCGUAAAGCUCAGCCGAGGUCUUAUCAACCGUAGGUCAAGGCAAGUGAGCGAGGAAGCGGCUUUCCAGAGCAGCCCGGGCAGUGCUGCUAUGGGCAGCGCUGUUGGAACGCCCCAGCCUGGUGGUCAGAGCUUGUUCGCCGAGCUUGCUGAGCUCGAGAACAGCGACGCUGAAUCGGUCGAAGGCACACCUAGCCACACUAGGUCCGCGACACCUGGUGCUGAGUCGGAGGUCUCUCAAUCCGCAACGACUAUUCCCUCGCUGUCUCAAGCCGACACCGUCGACAGUAGCAUCAUGACGGACCCAGUCAAGAAGGCCGCGGCAGCACCAAAGCCUACCAUGGUGGACGCAGGCGUCAUGACAGACCCCAUUGUUGAAUCUCCUCCGCUGUCACCUGUCAGCGUUAUGGUUGAUGACCGCGCCGUGUCGCUGGAUUCCAUGGCUGCUGCGAACCAGAUGUCCGAGGGAUUCAACUCUCGGCCGCUGUCCACUGUGUCAUACAGCGAUGCUGGUGCCCAGUACAGCAUGGACGACAAGCUGGCACAGUUCCCCAUGCCACCGUCGACUCUCUCGCAGUUUGUUCUGCCACCGCCUCCUGAGCUUAGCAUGUCUCCAAUUGAUGCUCAGGAUAUUGAGCCCGUUAUCGAGCCUGUGACGCCUCCUCCGGCUCCGGCUCCGCUCACCAUGACAUCAAUUGUGUCUGAGGUUGUCGAACCCAAGGCCGAACCUGAGAUCGUACCCCCGGCACCUACCUUGGCUUACACCCCUCUUGUCUCGGAGGCUGUUGAGCCCAAGGCUGAGCCUGAAGUACCUCCACCGACGCUGAGCAUCUCUUCAUUCCUUUCUGAGGCUGUGGAGCCCAAGGCUGAACCAGAGGUACCACCUCCAGUUCUGAGCCUCUCGGCCCUGCAAGCCCACAACCUUGAACCUGUGGCAGAGCCAGAGGUGCCGCCCCCUACGCUUAGUCUAUCGACGCUGCAAGCUCACAGCAUUGAGCCCAUUGCAGAGCCCGAAGUGCCCCCUCCGGCUCUCAGUCUUUCAACUCUGUGUUCGCACAACCUCGAGCCAGUUGCCGAGCCCGAGGUUCCUCUUCCGGCUCUUAGCCUCUCUGCUCUGCAGUCGCAUAAUCUCGAGCCCAUUGCCGAGCCCGAAGUGGUGUCUCCAGUGCACGAACUCACCCUAUCGGCGCUCGUGUCUGAGGAUAUUGAACCCAGGGCCGAACCUGAGCCUAAGGCUGCGCUGGCCUUGCCAGUACCAGUGCCCGUUCCGGCAUCACUACCAACUCUCAGCCUCUCUUCGAUUACCUCUGAAGGUGUCGAGCCCAAGGCUGAACCUGAGGUCAUCCAGCCGGCGCCUGUUCUUAGCCUAUCUGCACUUUGCUCGCACAACCUUGAGCCUAGAGCAGAGCCCGAGACCUUGCCCCCUGCUCUUAGCCUAUCGACCAUUGUGGCGGAGAACGUGGAGCCCAAGGCAGAACCUGAACCUGUUCCAGAGGUGCCCUCGCUCUCAUUCUCGUCGAUCGCAGCCGAGAACAUUGAGCCGCGGGAGGAGGAAGAAGUUAUUCAGCCCAAGCCUCUUCUCAGUCUCACACCGAUUGCCUUCGAAGACAUUGAGCCGAAGGCUGAGCUCCCUCCAUCCCUCACCCUGUCUUCCUUCUCAUUCGAGAACAUUGAGCCUCAAGCAGAGCCGGAGGUGUUGCCACCGCCGCCACCCGCACUUAGUCUCUCGUCUAUUGCCUCUGAGAACAUCGAGCCCAAGGAAGAGCCUGAGAUCUCCGUACCUCCUACGAUUCUCGCCUACUCCAACAUUCACUCCGAAUUUGUCGAGCCCCAGGCUGAGCCUGUUCCCCCCUUGGAGUACUCCGCUCUUCUGUCUCAACAGGUUGAGCCAGUUCAGUCGCCUGAGGUUGUGAUUCCUAAGCCGAACUUCGCUUUCUCGAAUAUUGAGUCGAUCGAAACCCAGCCGAUUUCUCCUCGCAGCCCCAAACGGGAUGCUUUCAUCAUCCCUCAAGACCUGGAAUCACCAUUCGAUGAGGAGGAUGCGCCAAGGACGCCUAACAGGAACGCUCUGCUUGGCUCUGUCUUUGGUCGCGGAAAGAACAAGGCUCCGGCCAGUCCGGUUAUUGCGGAGGACGAGACUAGACAAUCCCCCAGCGAAGUCCGACAAUCUGAGACCCCUGAGUCUCAGCGACCAUUCAAGGAAAUCUCGACCAACGCCAAUGGCAGACCUGCUCGCAAGGUUACAGUGCAGACAACCGACAAUGGUGCUCAGACUUCUUUGACUGCGGAGGCGAUCGACCAAAUGCUCCUGGCAAAGGUUAAGCCUGUCGAUUCAUCCAGGGACAAGUCACUGCCUGCGGGUAGCAGCAUCGGUACCCCCAGCACCCCUGGCACCGUUCGCAUUCGCCGCCCAUCUCACGACAGCCUCAGCAGUAUCUCCACCGAGCAGAAGGUGGAUCUGUCACAGAGGCCAGGCAGUGCUAACAGCAGCCGCGCGCCUAACCAGCCUCUCCCGCCUCUGCCCUCUAACCACAAGGAGGUUAUUGAGGCAGCUAGAACUGGAUCAUCGCAGGGAAGCGCGUCGGUUAUGGGCCCUCCUCUGUGGCCCGCUUCUGCUAUGAGGAACCAACGGCCGCAGACUCCCAACGGCGCGAGACCGCAAUCUCCGCUUUCAAUCUCUACCAAGAACUCGGCUACUCCUCGCAUGGGCCGGGCUGGGGCCUCGUACGGAACUGCUGAGGUCCAGUCUCCGACUAAGCUGUCGGCUGUGAGCAGACAGUCGUCGGUAUCUUCGUUUGUCUCCGAAAUCGAUAAUCGCUUCAACCCUCGUAACGAGUUGGGCGGCGUGGACGUGUCUGGUUUUGGUGCCAACACCGAUCCCCGCAUGAUCCAGGCAAUUACUCAGACCAUGAUCGGUGAAUACCUGUGGAAGUACACCCGCAAGGCUGGACGAGGGGAGAUCUCCGACUUCAGACAUAGACGGUACUUCUGGGUCCACCCUUACACUCGCACCCUGUACUGGAGUGACCGUGACCCGGCGACUGCCGGCCGAUCUGAGCUCCGUGGCAAGAGUGUUCCCAUUGAGGCUGUCCGCGUGGUAACGGACGACAACCCGAUGCCCCCUGGCCUCCAUCGCAAGAGUUUGAUCGUCAUUUCCCCUGGCAGAACGAUCAAGUUCACUUGCACGACUGGUCAGCGACACGAGACAUGGUUUAAUGCGUUGUCUUAUCUCUUGCUUCGUACAGCCGACGAAGGCCAGUCCGAUGUCGAGGAAAUGGCGGGCCAUAUCACACAGGCCGAUGUGGAUGAGUUUAACCCCCAGUUUGGUCGCCGCAAUAACUCGACGGCUCGACCACGACCACCGCCAUCCUUGUCCUCGUACAACUCACGAACUACUCGUAACCAGUCUCCGGCGAUUGAUAUGUCGAUGAAUGUCCCCACAUUGACCCCCAACAAGCAACAGACCCAAAGGCCUUCUAUCGGAACCCUGGGAAGGAUCAGCGGCUACUUCAACACCCUGUCGACUCUGAGGAGCCGCAGCGGGGCUGGGCCAAACUCGAGCAUCUAUGAGGCCAGCGAGGUACAUGAUAGCGCAGAAGACGUCCGUGAAAUCAUUGAGAGGCAAGACCGGGACGCAGACCGACUGGAGAACGUGCGCGCCUGCUGCGACGGCAAGCACGACGUCGGUACUCUCCACCACCACCACCCUAAGAAGAGUCGUCAUUCUGGCUCCCACACUCACUCUCACUCUGGACCGUCUGCGGCCACACCCAUGAGCACCUUGAAGUCGCGAGCUUGA